CGGCGAUCCACGACUUGUCCCCUUACCACAUGUUCGCUGUGCUAGACAUCGAUAUUCGUCCGGGGAUAGGACUGGGGAUCUUCGAGAUUGGCUCAUCGCUGUGGAGCGUCCUAGAUAUGCUUCGGAGAAUGCAGACCACCUUUCCGCAAGUCGACAUUAAAUAUGAUCCCGACGGUUCGUCUACAACUCCAAUCGUGCUGCAUCUACGGCCCCACUUGGAUCUCUUGUUUUCUGGAAAGCACCAACGUCUUCGAACAAUCUGUCUACGUAAACUACGAGACCCUAAUCCUCCCCUGACCCUUCGCUACAAGGAUGCAUCAAUUUUGUCUUCAGACAAAGUGCUUCGGAAAGUUGAUGUCCGACGUUUCUUUGGACCCACAUAUCCCGGCGAUGACUUGCGAUAUCCGGGACUAUGGUUCAGUUUCGACGAGGAUGGAAUAACUGAAGGAAUCAAAGCAGUUCAAUCCGACGAUAGGACGCAAGAGGUGAAGCGAGUGUUCAUUUCUCAAAAAGAAACGAACAAAGAUCAAGCCGAUGCCUUGGACGAAGUUCAGGAAUGCCCCAUCAUGGAUGGCGAUGUUGCUUUGGCCGUCGUGAAAGUAAAGGAUGGUGUUACACUUCAUUUUCAUCCUUUAGGUUCAAAAACAUUGCACGUCCGGAUAGGUCAGACAACUGCACAGGACCUCAACAUUGGACUCGGGCCGCCACUUCGCGUACACCAUAAGGAAGAUGAGCGAAUGUCUAUACAUUCAAGCAACCAAAUCUCUGAUCUUGGUACAGAGACCGGAUAUUUCUACAACUAUUUCCACCACGGAUUGGACUUUCUUAUUUCCAGUACAAGCCAUGUUGUUCAGAAAAUUGUCCUACACACAAAUAUCCCAGGAUCGCCCCUAUUUCAACGUUACAAAAGAUGCAACUGGGAAAUAGAAAGCUCCCCAGAGGAUGACGAAGACGACAGUCCGCCGCGAAAGCGUUUCUAUGAUAGGUUCGAGACGAUAAGCCACUUCCUCAGUCCACAUGAAACCCCGCCUUCAAUGCUGUUAGAUCGCACAGACGACGAGGAAUCUAUUACGCUACCAAGUUCAACGACCCGUCUUCAUGGUUACGAUGGUAUCAUCCUGGAGGUGACAGAACCCUCGCAGGUUGUGUCUGUCAUGCUCUUUUGAAAGCAAGCACCACUUAUCAUACCUUCUGUACUUUUAUCCUUCGUUGCUGUAUUAUAUGCGCGACGGUGUCAAUAGUCUUAGGGAAAUCGAGCUCCAUUUUUCCCCGAGACAUUAUUUAUAGAUGAAUACCAGCUUCGUUGGCGCUCUCUG